UCUUAACAACAGAUGGCGCUGUACCGGCCGGCUGUGCCCUUUCGUGCUGCGCUUGAUGGGCUUAUCUUGUGUAAACAUCGAUUGUUAUUUAACUUCAUCAUUCCGUUUGCCGGGGUUCCAAUGGUAAAACUUUCUUGUGACUAAUGAAAGCCAAUGAGGUAGGGAGGUUUUCUGAUGGGAUCCAGACAGAGCGAUGCGAGGGCAAGUAGGGAUUCAUCGUCCAGUUCUUCUAGUUCCGGGGCCCGGAGACGAGAUUCGGACUCGGAAAUGGACUACGCUGAAAUGCUGGCGUAUUUAAUGCGAAGUGGCCAGAUUCGACUGAUUUCUUCUGGUCCAGAAUUGGAUCUUGGAGGACUGGACAGUGAUGAUGAUGAUUCAUUUAUAGAAUGCUGCCCAGAAGCCGACCUCAAUCCAGACACGAGAGCCAUAGAUGCGAGUGAUUUGAAGCAGCAGAUGUUAUUCAAAGCCGGGAUGAACCACAGCGGGGUGGUGCCAGGGGUGACACCAGUCUCCAACAUGCUUAGCAAGAGAGCCAUCGGAAAAUGCUGCGGCUUAGGCACCUUCUCCAGAGGUGACCGUUCCUUGGUAUCGAAGAGUUUUUUACCCAACACCAUGAGGACCGUGGCCCAGUUUAGCACCAAGGCCUUCUGCGGCAACUACUCCAAGGAUGGCUCUGUCUUCCUCUCCGGGUGCCAGGACCAGAGCCUGCGGCUCUACGACACCACCAGCGGCAAGUUCCAAAAGUUCAAGGAGAUCAAGGCACGCAAUGUCGGCUGGAGUAUACUAGACACAGCCUUCAGUCCUGAUGGUAAUUACCUUAUCUACUCCAGUUGGUCUGAAUACAUUCAUUUAUGCAACGUCCGUGGAGAUUUCCAGACCCACAGUGCCCUGGACAUGGAGCCCGGCGACGGCCAUUUUUGUCCGUUCUCCGUUCAGUUUUCCAGCAACAACAAAGAGAUCCUGGCUGGGGCGAACGAUGGUUUCUUGUACAUAUUUGACAGAGAGAUCAAUAAAAGGACAAUGAGGAUAGAUGCUCACGAGGAUGACAUCAACUCGGUCCGCUUUGCCGACGAGACCUCACAGAUUCUCUUCUCUGGCGGCGAUGAUGGACUAUGUAAGGUGUGGGAUCGCAGGAUGCUGAGCGACACGCUGUGUGAACCAGUCGGCACAAUGGCUGGACACACAGACGGAAUCACCUGUGUGGAUUCCAAGGGUGAUGGACGCCACCUGAUCACCAACUCCAAGGAUCAGAGCAUCAAGCUGUGGGAUCUUAGGUUCUUCUCUCCUCCCUCAGCCGUCUCCAAUUGUCGGAAGGCUGUCGCCGGUCAACACUGGGACUACCGGUGGCAACAGGUACCCAGAAGAUCGAAAAGGAAAAACUUCAUCGAUGGCGACACGUCAUUGCUGACUUACAAAGGUCACGGUGUGCUCCACACUUGCAUCCGCUGUCAUUUCUCCCCUGCGUUCACAACUGACCAGAAAUACAUCUACUGUGGUUGUGCAACGGGUGGUGUCAUCAUUUAUGACGUCUUGACUGGGAAGAUUGUGAGGAAACUGGACGGUCAUAGGGCUUGCGUCCGCGAUGUCUCCUGGCAUCCCUACGAGAACAACAUCGUCAGUUCAUCAUGGGAUGGAAGUCACGGUUUGUGGGAGUUCAAGCGAGAUGGGCUCCGAGAUUGGGAACAUGACGACUUCCACGAGUCGGAGGAGUCUAGCGAUGAUAGUGAAUGUGAUGAAGACAUUUUUCAUGAUGUGCGGAGAUCACGCAGGCUUCGUACUCGUAAUCCCAGGCCAUGAAAGUCCCAUGAUGAGUGAAGGCUGGUUAAAGAACUAAGCUGUGAGAAGUCUGCAAUUGAUUUAAUCAGAGGACUCAGUCUUAAAGAUGCAUUCCCCGUACUAUUUUUCAACUUUCAUCCCGAAAAAUAGAAUCCUUUUCUAAAUUGCUAUUUUUCUAGCAAUACAAAAUUUAUUCACUUUUGAAUAAGACGUCGACCCAUGUUUAGGUAUUGAAUUAUUACUUUACAUUUUCGAAUUAUAUUCCCGUUCUCGCGGGGAAGGCUGGUUUCCCCCCCCCCCC